AUGUCUACUUGGUCAACCGACGACAAUAAUGAAGAUGAUAUUUCAAAAGCUCAAAAACCCGAGUACAUAAUCACUGAACAUGAUAUUAACAACCUAUGCUAUUUAUUAAUAUCAAUUGAAAUACCUUCUUUAGAAUUAAUUGAAAAGACAAUUGUAGACAUAGAAUCUUCCAGACUUUUUGUAAAUUCUUUUGGAAAAUAUGUAUUAGAUUUACCAUUACCUUAUGUUGUUGAUAUUAGUACAGCAAAAGCUAAAUUUGUUAAAUCCAAAAAAAGAUUAAUUGUAAAGUGA